AUGGAGCCCGAUCUCUCCAUGAGCAUCACCAUGCAUCCGCACCCCUUCCGGCUGCACACGCCAUCCCAUCUAGCAAACACCUCCCGCAGAGGCUCGAUGCAACUCUCCAGCGAGGAUGCCGCAGCCAACGCCUCUAGUACGGCCAUAGAGGCCGCAACUCAUCAUCCCGCUUCGCGCGAUGAGAAACACGAGCCCAUCGCCCGACACUCUUCUGCCGCUACCGAUGUCGAAGGUCAGCCCCAUUUGCGAUCCGAUUCGGAUCCUUACGGUCUCUCCGCGGCCUUCAAGACGCCGGAGGACCUCGCCCAGAUCAGAGCCAACACCUCGCGCAAACGGGACCGUCAACCCGCCACCGACAAACCCAGCGGUAGAACUUCGCCAAACGGCUCCUGGCGCCAGGGCCACAAGGUCCAAAAGUUCUACGAAACGCAGAACGCUGCUAUCGAGCGCAUGCUGAAGUCCGUCGACGAGCAUGUUGCUGAGGCUCGCCAGGAAGCCGGCGACGACCAGCUGCAGUUCCGGAUCGCCGUCUGGGGCUCCUUCGCCGCAAACAUCCUCCUCACAGCUCUACAGCUGUACGCGGCCAUCAGCACUGGCUCUCUGUCGCUCAUCACCACAAUGGCCGACGCCAUCUUUGACCCCAUGAGCAAUCUGACCCUUAUCCUGGCCGGCCGCGCCAUCAAAAGGGUGAACCCGCGCCGCUUCCCCGCUGGCAAGGCCCGCCUUGAGACUGUCGGAAACAUCGUCUUCUGCUUCCUCAUGAUCUCAGUUUCGCUCAUCAUCAUCGCCUUCGCUGCGCGCGAGCUAGCUACCGAGAGGGAGUCGGCCAACGAGACGAAGGCUUUCCGCAUUGAGCCAAUCGUUGCCGUCUGUUGCGCCUUUGCAACCAAGUUUGUACUCUUCCUGUACUGCUUUUCCCUGCGAAACCGAUAUUCCCAGGUUCGCAUCCUCUGGUCCGACCACCGCAACGACUUGCUGGUGAACGGCUUCGGUAUCCUCACAUCUGUUGGCGGUUCAAAACUUAAGUGGUAUAUCGACCCAACUGGCGCCAUAAUAUUGUCACUGAUCGUAUCCGGCAUCUGGUUGCGAACCGCCAUCGCCGAGUUUUUGCUACUCGUUGGUGUAACCGCCUCGAUCGAGACCCAGCAGCUCAUCACCUACGUCUGCUUGACGCACUCCCCUGCCAUUCAGGGCAUCGACACGGUGCGUGUCUAUCACUCGGGCCCACGGCUCAUCGCCGAGGUGGACAUCGUCAUGGACCCCGCCAAUACACUAGCCCAGACGCACGAUGUGGCAGAGGCGCUGCAAGUCAAGUUGGAGAGUCUACCGGAUGUGGAGCGGGCCUACGUACAUAUCGACUAUGAGACUACACACAAGCCGGAGCAUGCGUUCAAGAAGGACCUGUAA